AUGGGAGAAGAUAGGAGUGUCAUAAUACCGACAGGUCACCAGAUAUCGAAAAGACGCCGUGGAAAAGGACCUACGUCCAUGUUGCCUAUUGGUUGGCAAUGGUUCUCUAGUUUUGGAGGUUCUCACUGCGCCAAGAGCAGUACAUCGGACACAGAAAUAGGUCGACUCAGUUCCGAGCCGUUGAGCGCGCCACCGGAGUGUGUCCUCCACAAACCUUAUCAACUUUAUAUUGAACCCUUAGCUCUACUUACGACCAUAACUUUGCGUCCCCAGGAUAGAAUGCCGCAAAAAUGA